AACGCCCGAUCACCGACCGCCUCGUUUCCCGAUCCCGGGGAGGAGGCGUGCGUUCUGCCGCGCUACCUGCCGGGAGUUGUAGUCCUUCUGCUUUGAGCUCUCACAGGAAGGCGCUGACGGAAGCGAACAGAGAACUUCAACUCCCAGAGUGCAGCGCGGUGCCGGCCGGUGCCGGCAGUGCGGGGAUGGGAAAGCGCGGCAGACGCCGGUCAUCGGGCGGCGAGGCUUUCGACGGUCUGUGGGGCAAGGCUCGGCUCUGGGCCAGGUGAACCGGCUUAACCCCUACCCCCCCCCCAUCCCCACCCCCACCUCCUCUCAGGCGUCGAUGCAGUAUGAAUUACAGAACGGUGGCGGACUCGGUGGCUGAGAAGCUGCUGGGUUACAGCAGGGAUGACAGCGGCUGGAGGUUUUGCAAGAGGACGGGUGAUGUUUGUGUAUCCUGGAGGCCAUCAUCAGAAUAUUCUGGAAACUUGUACAAAGGUGAAGGGACAAUUAAUGCUGCACCACAUGAAGUUUGGGAAUGUCUGAAACCAGUGCCUGAUGGACUAAGGGUGAAGUGGGACAAAAAUGUGAAACUGUUUGAGCUGAUUGAGACUAUUGAUAAUACCAAAUCUGUGUGCAGGACUGUUACACCAUCAGCAGCUUUGGGCAUUAUCUCCCCAAGAGACUUUGUGGAUGUCAUUUUAAUCAAGCAAUAUGAAGAUGGAACGAUAUCCUCAAAUGCUACUAAUGUGGAGCACCCUGGCUGUCCUCCUAAACCUCAUUAUGUGAGGGGAUUCAAUCACCCCUGUGGAUGUUUCUGUGCUCCCAUUCCUGGGGAGCCGCGAAAGACCCAUUUGACUACAUUCUUUCAGACUGACCUGGGUGGGUAUCUCCCACAGUCAGUAGUGGACUCUUUCUUUCCAUCUAGUAUGGCUGAGUUUUACAGCAAUCUGUCAAAAGCGGUGAAGACUUUUAAAGCCUGAUGAAUCUCAGUUUUCUGCACGUCUCCUCUACAAACCCUCUGAUUUAUUUUUGCUGCAUUGAAGAUCAGUUUUUGAUUUGAAUAUGUGUUUGGAUUGAUCUUUCAUCUUUUUGAAGAGAAUAACAAUUCCACCAUUAUUUUAGAACAAUGAGUAGAAUGGAGAGUGAGUUUGAGUUAAACAUGAGGACCAAGAAUAAUAUAUGUUUAUAGAUAUUAUUAAUAAAUUAAAGCAGAGCUAUUUAAAUUUUCAUUAAUUGGGUAUCCAAUUGAGAAUAUCUUUAUGUACUUAGAGAUUUUUAGCACAUUUUAAUCUUGGACCAAAAUUAUUAACUUGCCCAGCAAUGAAUAAUAUACAAUUUUAUUUUUCUAAUUGUAUAAAGCACAGUGGUUAGAUCAGCAAAUAGGCCUCUUUAUUUAAAUGAGAGUUGGAUAUCCUAUUCGUCAAAUGUAAAACGAAAAGGAUUGAUCACUGCAAAAUAUGAUGUUUUGUGACAUGUUGUUCAGAACUUUGUCAUUACAAGAAAAUAAGCACUAUUUUUUUGCUAUUUUCCAUGGCAUUAUGCUGGAGCAGAACUUGAAUUACAGAGCAAGGAGUGUCACUAGUUUAAAACUGUGGCUGGAUUGGAUGAUCAUAGGAUAUAUUUGUACUUGGAGCAGAUGCAGCAUGUACUCCCUGGAUGGUCUGAGUUCUGAUUCUUAAAGGCAAUUCAUGUGAUGAAUCUGUAAUAUAACUCUUCAAAACAUUGAAAUUAUAGUGCAGUAGUAGCCACUUGGCUACAGUAUCCAUGCCAAUAAAAGGUGCAUUUACUUCUGGAAGGCUAUGUAGUGAAUUACUUACUUAAAAACUAGGCCAAUUUCCAAACAGCAUUUGGCAUCCAUGUUUGCCAUGGAGUGCUGAGGAUGGCUCUGGUUUAAAAAAAAAUCGAACUGUGGAGUUUAAGCUGAGAAUGAAAAAUAGUGGAGAAAAUGAUUAUUUUCAACCCAGAGUAUUAAAAUAAAUAACUUUAGAAAUUAAUAGUUUAAUCGCCAUCUUCCCAACUCUUAAUUUGGGCAUUGUCUUUGUGCAUCGGAAAACUAUCAUUGUUACACCACUAAUGUCUGCAGGAUAACUACAGUUGGAAAAUAGUGAAUGGAAUCUAAGUUCAGAAAAGCAUUUGCAGAUACUGGCAACAGACCUCAAGUGCAAGAGUGCCACAAGUUUUAUUAAGUAUUUAUUCUUCCAGUUCCCCAGUAAUAGCAUUCACCAGGAGUACUCCACAGAGUCAGUGUAUUUUAGAAUACAUUUAUUCCUUCAAGCAACAUGUUUCCUGGUAAUUUGCUAUCUUGCAUGUAAAUGGUAUAUUUAAUAUUGUUAAAUUUGUCAAAGUGUUCCAAGCAGAUUCCAUUUGUAUGAAUGUUUUUAAUUGCUGCAUCACUACUAGCACCAACUCUUGGUGAUGGGAAAUAUUCUGCUGGUAUGGAAUUUCAUUAAAUCUGAAUUUUACUUUCUUAAUGAAAGGUGGGUUAAUUUGCACAGUUUUAAUUCUGUAAACUUUGACCAGUGAUGUGACGCCUCUUUUUUCAAAAAUUAACUUGCACUUUUUUAAGGUUUAGUUUUGGAUUUAAUUCUGAGCGAGUCACAUAUUUAUUUGGAAGUGUCGAAUUUCAUAACUUCAUAAACUGAAGAAAUCGUUGUUCCUACAAUGUGUACUUGAAAUUCAUGCAAAAAUAAACA